AUGAGUAGUAUCUUAGUAGCAAUCGCCCGUGAGCAUUCGGAACAAUAUAUUGCCGGUACAAUCCAAUCCCCAUGGGAUUAUUUUGAAUAUAGUGUAAAGUUGGCAUUAGCACGUUGGACAGCACUUCGUAUGGCUAUUGAAGGUGAAUGGGGUGGUGGUGAUACACGUCGUAAGUAUGAAAUUCUACUUGAUGAGAUUUUGACUGUAUUUAAAUACAAUAAGGUCGUAUAUGCGGAUGCAAUGGCCGAUAAUAUUGGAAAUUACGUGGAAAUGGAGUUUGGAUUGAUUUGUGAGGAUGGUAGCGUUGAGGAGAUUGCCCAAUUACUAACAAUAUUAGCAGAAGAGUGCAAGAAGACGCACUAUGAUCGUAUUAAAACCAUGCAUGAGCAAGUUCAGUCACUUUUUCCAAUUGAUUUGAAAGCUGUUAAGGUGAAAACGCUGGAUGACGGUCUAGGAUUGAAUGAAUCUACUGGGCAGAGUCUUGGGACAAUCUCAGAGGAGACAAAUGUGCCACGUGUUGAUGCAGAUGGCUUUAUUGCAGUGCGUCGAUCGAACAGACGAAAAGCGCCCACAAAAUUCUACGAUCCAGCAGCUGAGUUUCCAGGAGCGGCAUAA